CGCUGAGGGUCAAACGUCCACUCCCGCUGGCUCCUCCUCACCUCCCGCCUCCCCUAUUAAUACCCCGCCUCCACCUCCCUUUCCUCCCCGCACUCCAACCCAGCGCACCAAACAACAACCACCACCGCCGCCGAGCGCGGCCGAACACUUGGCGCCCGCCCACGCACGCAUCACCCGUCGUCGUCAGCCGCUCCUCGCUCCCUCCAUGGCGCCCAAGAACGCUCUUCCUCCCGCCGCCGCGGUGGCCGACGGCAUGAUGGAGCCGAGGUUCCGCGGCGUCCGGAAGCGGCCGUGGGGCCGGUACGCGGCGGAGAUCCGCGACCCGGCCAGGAAGGCGCGGGUGUGGCUCGGCACCUUCGACACCGCCGAGGCUGCGGCGCGCGCCUACGACGCCGCCGCGCUCCACUUUCGCGGGCCCAAGGCCAAGACCAACUUCCCCGUCGCCUUCGCGGGCGCGAAGCCGCAGGCGCUCGUUCUGCCGCCCAAGGCGCUGUCCGUGAGCCCGAGUAGCAGCACCGUGGAGUCGUCCUCCCGGGACUCGCCGGCCGCGGCGCCCGCGGCUGCAGCGCCGGUGCCCGCGCCGUCGCUGGACCUGAGCCUGGACAUGCCGGCCAUGGUGGCCGCCCAGCCGUUCCUGUUCCUGGACCCGAGGCUCGCGGUGACCGUGGCCGUGCCAGCCCCGGUGCCUCGCCGGCCGGCCGUGGUUGCCGGCAGCAAAGCGACAUGCCGUGGCAACGAGCAGAGCGACACCGGGUCGUCGUCAUCCGUGGUGGACGCCUCGCCGGCGGUCGGCGUGGGGUUCGACCUGAACAUGCCGCCGCCGGCCGAGGUGGCGUAGGUGACCUGGUGCAGCGCCCGAUGACACGACGACUCCGAGAGCUCGCAUAGAAGCUUAGAACAUGUAUUAUUAGCAAGAGGUUGGUUAAUCGAUCGUUUAAUUGCCACGAUGGGUUACUAGUAGGUGUACAUAGUUCAUGUUCAUUUUUGCAUCGGCAGAUAGCUAUAAGAAAACUACUACAGAUGUUACAAAAUAUCAAAGCAUUUUGCUGUACACUUGCAACAUACUAAUAUCUGAUUAAUGAAAAAUUCACUGUCUUUGUUCCUAAA